AUGACCGACACUAGAAUGGCCCCCAAAGACUGGGCGUAUGGUUCUUGUCCCUUUGACACUCUGGGCAUUUCGAUCAACUUGAUGAGCCACAAUCCUCCGACCGACGAGGACUUCAAGAAAGCCAUCCGCGCUGCGCGGUAUGCUACAAACCCAGACCGUUCUGAUAUUGCCAGCCUGCCGCCACCUCCUUUUACCCGUAGUCAGGUCGAAGAGGCAAUACAGUACUUUGUUAUGCCCGACAGUAGUCAGGGAAUCGAGCUGGACCAUGACAUGUGGGCAUGGGCAUAUGACCAUUACAUUGUCCAGAAGCAGAACUCACAGUACAUCCGUACCUGGACCCCGGAGUACGGAUAUAAGGCCAUGCUGUGCGUUGGAUCCUAUCAACUCUGCAUCUGCUCAAGAAGAUCUGACCUCAAGGCACAGGGCACUUCAGCCAACACUCACUCAACCAUCUCUCAUGCCCAAAGUUCGUCUGUCAAUCACGUCCCUUCGGUGCCGCCCAGAAUCGACCUGGCCAUCGAGCCUAUCUAUCGUCCCGUCCCUUUCCCCCUCACACGACAUGACGUUAGCGGCGUAUCGCAGACGGCCGGGCAGCUCCACCUCGACCAGCAAUUCUUCCAACAGCAUGUCGACAGCCCCCCACAAUCUUCGCCAUCCGUAUCAACAGCCACGCUCCGUGCCCUGUCUCCAUCCCCGCCCACAUUGACAGGCACCAUCUCCACCCAGCCGCAGCAGCAGCAGCAGCAGCAGCAGCAGCAGCAGCAACCUGAUCUGCCACCCCGACUAUUCGUUGGCUUCCACCAAGAUCAGAUCUUGAAAGCAGGCGACAAGGACCAGCCAGGCGCGGACUACCGCCAGGCUAUAUACCGACAGGUUCCUGCUCCAGGCCGCGUGCGAUGGCGCAUGCUGGCGGAGAACAUGGUUGGCAAGCGAGUACCGAGAGCGUAUCGUCUUGAGCCGAGGCAACUCAAUGUCGAUCCCGAGAAGAUUCUCUUACGGGAAGCAUGGGACGACCCGACUCAUGUUUGCCCAGACUGGAUCCCGACGCCUGAAACGUAG